AUGAUCGCAAGGAUUAAAGGAAUCCAAAGAAACUUUGCGCUCCACCACAGAUCAGACCUUAUUAAGUUAGACAGAAAACUUCGUAAGGAAUUAGAAAUCAUCUUGCACCAGGAGGAACUAAUCUGGUUCCAAAGAUCAAGGGAGGAGUGGAUUACUUCUGGGGAUUGCAAUACCAGUUUCUAUCACACUUCCACCACAAUAAGGAAAAACACUGCCAAAAUUCAAUCCCUCCGAACUAAAGAUGGCCUUUGGAUCACAGACGAACGUCUAUUUGUCGAUCAUAUUAGGAAUUUCUUUAUGAGCCUUUAUGAAGACGGUCACCAACCUGCUGCGAGUGACAUCUUGAACGAACAAUUCCUGUCAUUGACUGAACAAGAAUGGCUACAAGUAAGCCAACCCUUCAAACUAGAAGAAAUAAAACUUGCAGUCUUCGAGAUGAACCCUUGCAAAGCUCUUGGUUAUGAUGGCUACACAGCAGGAUUUUAUUAG